AUGCAGGAGAAAAAAGAUGCAGUUGCCACUGCUGCACCACCAACUGAGGAGGAAUUGAACCCAUAUACUAUAUUUCCCCAACCAGAGGAAAACUUUAAGGUUCAUACAGAAAUAUUUUACAGCGAUGGGAACAUAUGGAGAGCACAUAACACAAAAGAAAUUUUAGAAAAACAUCUUAAGGCAACUGGAGGAAAAGUGAUGACCCGUUUUCCACCGGAACUUAAUGGAUAUCUUCAUAUUGGUCAUGCCAAGGCUAUGUUUAUUGAUUUUGGUCUGGCUAAGGAGCGAAGUGGCCAUUGCUACCUUAGGUUUGAUGACACAAAUCCGGAAGCUGAAAAGAAAGAAUACAUAGACCACAUUCAGGAAAUUGUCCAUUGGAUGGGAUGGGAGCCCUACAAAGUAACAUACACGAGUAACUAUUUCCAAGCUCUGUAUGACCAUGCUGUUGAGUUAAUACGGAAAGGGCUAGCCUAUGUGGAUCACCAGACUGCAGAAGAAAUCAAGGAGUACAGGGAAAAGAAGAUGAAACCAUCACAAGUCUAUCUCAAAUAG